AUGAACCAGCUGCCGUCCUUCCUGCAGCCUGCCGUCCGGAAGCCACGAUACUCAACCCGACCAUUUUAUACCACGCUGUUGGUGUUUACACUUGUUGCAACAGCGAGUUGGUUCCUAACUGGUACUACACAUGAAAAUGGCCAGUUUGCGCAACCAGGUACAGAGCCACAUAUAGACCUGUUCAGGCGAGAUGCCGAACUAGAGUGUCGCUCGGUCCGCAAUGUUAAACACCAGUGUGCAUUCGUCCGUGCCAACUGCCCCGAUCACGAGGAUGGCCUAAUCUCUUACCUUCAAUUUUACUAUUGCGGGCUGGCAGAUGCAAAACCGGUAGCAUUCACGAUAUUGAUACUCUGGCUGUCACUGCUCUUCAGUACCAUCGGCAUCGCGGCAAGCGAUUUCCUGUGUAUUGAUCUGAGUACAUUGGCUAGCAUUCUAGGUUUGAGCGAGAGUCUCACAGGCGUGACAUUCCUUGCAUUUGGCAAUGGAAGCCCUGACGUGUUUUCGACUUUUGCCGCCAUGCGGUCGAAUAGUGGGAGCCUGGCGAUUGGUGAGUUGAUCGGCGCGGCAACUUUUAUCACCUCCGUUGUCGCAGGCUCCAUGGCAUUAGUUCGCCCAUUCAAGGUCGCGCGAAGGAGCUUUGUCCGAGAUGUGGGCUAUUUCAUAGUGGCCGUUAUUUUCAGCAUGUUUAUGCUGGCCGAUGGGAAACUUCAUGUAUGGGAGUCAGCUGCAAUGGUAGGCUUGUAUGCCUUCUAUGUUGUAUUGGUGGUGACGUGGCACUGGUAUCUGGUGCGGCGACGCCGAAAGAACGAGAGAGAUCUCGCAGCGCGAGCCCACUUCCAUAUACCGGAGAACCAAGAACUCGAGAUCGAAGAGUCCGUUGAGGACGAUGAUCCGGGUGUAGCGUCAGAGUCACGAAGUCUUCUCCGCGGAGCUUCGACUGAGGAUUUUGAUCUUUUGGAACGUGUCGAGCCUGUUCCUCUAUGGAAAGAAGAGGAUGACGAGGACGAUGAAACACGCAACCGGUACUUGGCCGAGAUUCGUGACAACAUGCAUGUCUAUCGCCCCGUGAAAUCGAGACGUAACACGAUGAAUCCCAUUCGACCGAGUCUUGUCGGUGCAUUGGAGUUUCAAUCUGUUCUUCACUCACUGCAGAAAUCAAGAAGCACCCGUCACAAUCCGACAAUCAGCCUGAACAGCUAUUCAGAUGACGAGUCCAAUUUCGACACGCGCUCGGUGGCAUCGCAUCCUCGUGCUAGCCGACCAUCAACUAGUAAUGACCGCUUGUCGCCGUCCAGCGCAGGAGGUUCAUCUCGAGUUCGAGCUGUGUCAGCGAAUGACGCCUUGGGGUUGAAAUUUGACUCAAGUGUUUUAGAGCCCCGGUCACCAGAAGGUCCACUGCUUACAGUGAGCAAACCUUCUUUUGAGGACACUUCGGGGCAAGAAGCCAUGCAGUCACGCCAACUCCCUCCAAUUAAUACUGGGAUGGCAUUGGAUGUGUCUUCUGCGAACCAGUCGCCGAGUCUAAGUCCAGGUACCACAAGUCCCCAAAGCCCUGACCGGCUCGCUCCAUCGGACGCGUUUAACUCUCCCAAUUACCACAACGGAGGGAUAAAUGACCGGUCUCCAAUGUCAGUAUCUCCCAGGGGCACUACAACCCGCCAUUAUUCAGGCUUCGGGCUAGAAAGCCCCUCAGUGCCCUUCCCAUCGUAUACUGAUGUACCCUCCAUGGCACUCUCACGACCACCCAGCAUUAGACUUCCAAGUUCAGCCAGCCCGUUAGAACGGCUACAAGUCCAUGACGGGCAUGGUGAUUUCGCUCAUGUAGGCCUCCCUUUCGGAAAAUACCUCAGGAAUUGGUGGCCUGACUCGAUUCCCCCUCCCCAGCAGAUUGGUUGCACACUCUUCCCGACCUUGGCGGGCUGGAAAUCUAAAACUGUGUGGGAACGAUUGCUCGGUAUUAUCGCAGCUCCCAGUGUCUUGCUUCUUACCAUAACUGUCCCAGUCGUUGAGCCUGAGACACCAGAGUUUGUGGACCCAGACCCUAUACCCUCGGUGAUCAUUCAGGACGUCGAUGAUGGAGAGAAUCCUUCCCCGAGGGUUAGACUGCCAGCCGAUAGUCCAGUGCUCGUGGCUCAGGCACAUGACCAUGACGGGUCAGCUUCUAGCAUGCCGCCAACCCACCCCCAUCGAAAGUCCUCGUACGAACACACCGUCCGCCCCCGAUGGGACUCAGAACUCCCGGCAGUGCCAGUGCCGAGCUCACCUACUGUGAAUCCUUUGCCAACAAAAGACUGGAAUCGUUGGCUGGUUUCCAUCCAGCUUUUCACGGGUCCCUUCUUCGUCGUACUCAUUGCCUGGACGACUGUGGAUGAAGACCGUCAGCUGCGCAACCUCAUUCUCCCCUCCCUUGUCUCCCUCUUAUUCUCCUCCAUUUGUCUCACAGGCCUCAUAAUAAGCACCCGUCGUCAACGAAACAGCCGACGUCUCAGUGCGGAUCUUUCUAUUCCGCUUCUCCCUCACGAAUCCCAGCCCCACCUCGCCACCCUCCCAUCGCAAUGGCGGCCCUUCCUCUCCCUGCUUGGCUUCUUAGUAGCCAUAUCCUGGAUUGCCACGAUUGCCACAGAAGUUGUCUCCCUCCUCAAGACCAUCGGCGUUAUCCUCAACAUCUCUGAUUCCCUACUCGGAUUGACCAUCUUCGCUGUCGGGAACUCGCUAGGCGAUCUAGUCGCUGACAUCACAGUUGCCCGACUGGGGUAUCCGGUCAUGGCCCUCAGCGCCUGCUUCGGUGGUCCUAUGCUCAAUAUCCUCCUUGGUAUUGGACUUGGUGGUUUGUAUAUGACCAUUAAUGGUGGGAACAAGAGACACAAUGAGGCGCUGCAGGAUAUCGCCCCUGUGCAAGUCCCCUAUGAGAUUGCCAUCUCCAAGGUACUCGUUAUCAGCGGUGCGACGCUUUUGAUUAUCCUGGUUGGGCUUUUGAUUGUUGUUCCUAUGAACAACUGGAGAAUGGAUCGCAGGGUCGGGUGGGGUCUUAUCGCUGUUUGGUGUGUGAGUACCUUAGGGAAUGUGAUCGCCGAAGUUUUCUGGUGA